GGAAAGUGUACGAUGUAAGUGUCAUUCUGUCUUGCUCUGUCUUUGCACUCUUGUCGUGUAAGCCUCUGAGUACCAUCUGUUCCCUUUCUUGCCUAUCUUCCUAGCAUUGGUUUGAGAAGUGACAACAAGGCACGCGAGCAGCAAGGAUUGGAAGUACUGGACAAGAUGGUAGUCCGCAAUGUCGACGGCGUGGGCGACCAUGACCUCAACUGCCUCUCUAUCGAGGAACUCGAACGCCACGCGUACAACAUGAUGGACAAGCAAACCCGUGACUACUACAACGAAGGCGCCGACUCCGGCUCAACCCUUCGCGAGAACAUCGAAGCGUACCGCAAAUACCGGAUCCGACCUCGCGUGCUGCGUGAUGUAUCGAAGAUAAAUACCGAGGUCAAGCUCUUCGGGCAUACGAAUACCGCACCUAUCGGUGUGGCACCAACAGCUAUGCAAAGACUUGCACACUCCGACGGUGAGCUUGGGACUGCCAGAGCGUGCAGGAACAUGGGUAUAGCGAUGGGCUUGAGCAGCUUCGCAACGACGACGCUGGAAGAUGUGGCGGCGGAGUGCGCCGGCGAGGUCCCGAAUGUGCUGCAGCUGUACCUGUUCGAAGAGCGAGAGCACAGCAAGAAGUUGAUUGCUAGGGCGAAGAAGGCAGGUUUCAAAGCCGUCUUCCUGACCGUCGACACACCCUUUCUUGGCCGCCGGAAUCUCGAGAUCCGUAACCAAUUCAAACUCCCACCGCACUUCAAGAUCGCCAACUUCGCAGAGGAAGAAGAGCCAGCUUUAGCAGACGAGACCACCCCCAACGCGCCCAACCAAUCGCGAACAAGGCAGAAAGCGAAGUCAUCCUCAAAGCCUGGUUACCACGAUGGCGAAAAGCGCGUCUACCCAACCGGACCCAUUACUUUCCACAGUCACGCUGCUAAUCCAACCCUCUGCUGGGAGAAGGACAUCGAAUGGCUGAAAGAAGAAUGCUGUCCUGAGAUGGAGGUCUGGGUCAAAGGCAUCGCGACGGCCGAAGACGCGCUCCUAGCGGUGCACCACAACGUGCGAGGCAUAGUCGUCUCGAACCAUGGUGGCAGACAGCUCAAUGGUGCUCUUGCUACGCUUGACGCGCUGCCUGAAGUUGUGGAGGCGGUUCAGGGCAAGAUACCCGUGCACGUGGAUGGUGGGAUACGGCACGGAACGGAUGUCUUCAAAGCGCUGGCACUGGGAGCGGACUUUGUCUGGGUCGGCCGGCCGGCGCUGUGGGGUCUGGCGUACAAGGGACAGGCUGGGGUAGAGCUGAUGUUGAAGUUGAUUAGCGAUGAGUUCAAGCUGUGUAUGGGACUUGCGGGUGUCAUUAAAGUGGAGGAUAUCAGCAAGGAUUAUCUUGUCAAGGUCGACAGAAGCGGUUUCGUGUCCCGGCUAUAGUAUGGCUGCUACGCAAAGAACGCUCUCUUCCGCACCGCUUGUCCCA